CAACUAAAAUCCGGACUGGACUCGUAACCUCUAUGUUGCGCUAAUCGGUUUGCUAAUCAUGGCUAACCGCACUGACGUGAACAAAGCUGUAUUCAGUAUUUAUUUAUUUUUUAAACAAAUACAUCUAUCGCUUUCCCUGUUAAUGAAUUUGUUAGGAUUGGUGCUAAAGGCUAAUAAACUUGAACGCGGUCGCGGGUUUGCCAUUGAGUAAAGUGAUCAGCUAGCAUUAGCAACAGCGUUAUAACAAUCUACGUAUACUGAGUCUCGGGCCUGUUUGUAGGCCGCGUCCUAAUUUUUUGACUUCUAAAUUAGUCAGACAGUCACGCAGUGAAUGUGUGUAAAAGUUCGAGAGAGACAUGAUGUGGGUCGGAAUGAGUCUCUCGGACACGUUACUGCCGCCUGUCAUUAAUUUAUCUGCGGGACAUGUACAGAAGCGGGUCGUGCUGAGUGCCAUAUGGUUGCUAAGUGUAAAGUUUCUGUGGAGAAAUCCCAAAUGGAUGCCAGCUCCCUAUAUAUAUAUAUACUCCAUAGGGUGUAAAAAUGACGGCUUAUACAUCCAAACUAGUGCUCUAUUUAGGAUUAAAACCGCGGGGUAGCUCUAGCUGCGCCCUCAGGGCAGAUUUCCCUGAGCUUUGUGGCUCAUUUCAAUCAUUUGGGACGGUUUUAACCUUGAAGUUGACCAUUUUGAAUGUGAGUUUUGUGGAAUUAAACGUGUGACUGCAUUUUUAUAGGAUGUUGCAGGUCAUAACUAACCACUUUGUUGUCACACAUAUCAGUCGAGGUUAAAUCUUCUGAGGGGAAUUUUCAUUUCCAAAUGAAUUUUUUUGCCGUAAUUGUUUGAACAGAAAUCAUAUUUUACCUUAACAUACAUUAACCUGCUUUAACAUUUACCUCGCCAUGUUUCAUUAGUUCACCGUCCAAAAUGAGAUGGAGUAGGCUUGGGAACUCGCUGGGUCGAUAAUUUCAAGCGUUAACGAACAUUUCCAGAUUAAUCGCUGACCAACACGAGGCCUAUACAGGAAUUAUAAAUACAUAAAAGCACAGAAUGCUUAUUUUUAGGCAUUCAGACACUCCCUUACUGAGAACUGACACUUUAAAAAAAAAAAAAAAAUAGAAAUUGUUGUUUUUUUUUAAAAGAAAAUGAAUUUCGCUGCUGUGAUGUACGACUAAAGCGUAGGCGAGUUCGGACUCCCUGUUAGCAACUGAGAAAUUCCCAGGUGCGAACGCGCACACUUUGUUGGUUUUUAUGUGAGAAAAGCAGCGUGUUCAGUUGUUUUCAGAUGUUCACAGGUGCCAUAGUGCUAACGUCACCCACCACCUUCUUACGUUUCACGACGGCGUCACGCUGACGCAGAGGCACGCUGUCGUCAUUUUAUGUAAAUCUCCUCCACGUUUGUCCUCCCGCUGCUGUUUUGUGUAUUUUUGAUUAUCGCCCCGUCAGCGAUUACGUUAAGUGCACACUACAUAGGAUCCCUACUGAGUGUCUAACGGAGGGAUUAACAUCAGUGAUUCACAGUUUGGCAGGCAGGUUCGAGAGCCCCCUCAUGCAGAACCACGGGAAAUGAAUAAACCGCCUCAGCCUAUCACAGGACCACCCUCCGUCCCUCACCCCGCCCCCUCACCAGGAUUGACAUCGGCUGUUUAUCCCCCCGGUCAGCCUGCCUCUGUUGUUUUUGCCACUCCACCUCCACCAAUGAACUCUGCUCCACAACCCAGACAGUUUGCACCAGGGCCUCGUGCUUUACAUCAACAGUCGUAUUACCCCCGGGGCAGUUUGCAGAGUAACACCCCACGGGUGGCGACUAGUAACGCGCCACGCCCCGUCCCUCCCCCUCACGUCUAUCCCCAGUCCUCGCAGAUGGUUAUGAUCCAGCAGCAACAGCUCCAGUUCCAGCCCAACUCUCAGGGCCACACCUACUUCAUCCAGUCUGGACAGUACCGCCCGCCGUACGUUCACCAGACGCAGCAGUAUUCGGUGGCCAGCGCGCCCGCAGGCUUUUACCCCGGAACCAACCCGGACUACAGCUCCACGUAUGCUGGAGCGUAUUAUCCCGCUCAAGCUCAGUACCAACCCUCAGUGCCCGCCGCGCCUGUUAUGAUCAACCCCACCCAGCAGCAACAGGCUCCACCCCCUCAGCAGCAAGCCCCGCCCCAGCAGCACAAAAGGGAGCGCAAACAGAUUAGAAUACGAGACCCUAAUCAGGGAGGACGUGACAUCACGGAAGAGAUCAUGUCUGGAGGAAGGACCACGUCUACACCCACGCCUCCUCAUUCUGUAGGCGCUGAGGUCAGCGGUUCUGUCCAGACGAAUGGCGAAAGCGUGACUCCUGCAGCUGCUGCUCCGGUGGUCCGACUCGACGAUCGCGUGAAGUCCUCGAGCCCUGUGGCUCCUGCGUUGACUCCUCCGCCUCGUUCAGACCCUUCCCCUGAGCCUAAAUCCGUCCCGGACAUCCUCGCUCCUCCGGCGGUUCCUGUGCCUCCUGGACAAAGCGAAGACACUGUUUCAGAACCCUCUCCGUCCUCGUCUCCCGCUCCUACGGCGCUCCCCGCGGAGCCCACACCGAGUGACGCCGUGGAUGCCCCUGUGCCUCCUGAAACCACAGCCCCAAAGUUGGAGGAGGAAGAAGAGGAGGAGCCUAACACCGCCCCCGCGGAACAGCCGUGCGCUCGCGUCGAGAACGCUGAGCUAGAAAAGGAGGCGGAGCCACGCGCCGAAACGCCGCUCCCUGAGUCUGCCUCUAACGCGCCGCCUGCCGAGGAGGACGUGCUCACUGCUGUAGCAGCAGCCAACGGGGAGACGGAAUCUCCCGAGGCCACGCCCACCCCAGCACCCACAGCCACACCCGUUCCUGAGCCGGAGAUCGUCCCUGUGGUCAACGGCCUGCCUCAGGAGCCCGAAGAGCUGCAGGGUGAGGAACUGGAGGUGGAACCGGAGCCGGUCGCUGAACUUGAACCAGAACCUGAACCCGAGGCGGCUGAGGUUCAGGAAGUCGAUGCAAAAACACCUGCUUGUGCAGCGGAGGAGGAGGAGGAGGAGGAGGAGGGGAGGGUGGAGGAAGAACCCGCUCCUGCUGAGGAGACGACUAUGCAAGCUGUUCUGUCCGUGCCAAAGAAGAAGAAGAUGAAGAAAAGCGAUCUGAAUAAUAAAGUGGUCGGAGACGUGUUGGACGCCUAUAAAGAGCCGGAGGAGAAGGAUCUCACUCCCGAGCCGGCUCCCGUCGAAGUCCCGCCCUCCGACCCUCAUCCCGCUGCCUCUCCCUCCCCUGAGGAGACGGAUGAGACGUGGGAGGAAAAAGAGGACAAACUGGACACGGAGAACAUCGAGCCUGAGACGGAGAAACCCGUGGAACAGAAAUAUCAGUAUAAAGAGGAGCACUGGAAGCCCAUUAAUCCGGAGGAGAAGAAGCGGUAUGAUCGGGAAUUCCUGCUGCGCUUCCAGUUCAUCAGUGCCAGCAUGCACAAACCCGAGGGCCUUCCCCACAUCAGUGACGUCGUCCUGGACAAGGCUAAUAAAACGCCUCUGCGGCCUUUGGAUCCGAGCCGUCUGAUGAAUUGCGGGCCUGAUUUCACGCCUUCCUUUGCUAAUCUGGGCAGAGCGCCCCCUGGAGGAGGACGAGGACCUCCCCCAGGGCCGCGUCGGUCUCAGCAGGGUCAGCGCAAAGAGCCGCGCAAGAUCAUCACUAGCAUGUCUUUGAACGACGACGUGCAGCUGAACAAGGCCGAGAAAGCCUGGAAGCCGGGGGUGAAGAAGGCCCGCGGCGACGAGGACGACCCCGAAAACAUCAAGACCCAGGACCUGUUCCGGAGAGUGCGUAGCGUCCUGAACAAACUGACACCGCAGAUGUUCCAGCAGCUCAUGAAGCAGGUCACCGAUCUGAACAUCGACACCGAGGAGAGACUCAAAGGAGUCAUCGACCUCAUAUUCGAAAAAGCCAUUUCCGAACCCAACUUCUCCGUCGCUUACGCCAACAUGUGCCGCUGCCUUAUUGGGCUGAAAGUGCCCACCACGGACAAACCGGGAACCACUGUGACUUUCCGCAAACUGCUGCUGAAUCGCUGCCAGAAAGAGUUUGAGAAGGACAAGGACGACGACGAGAUCUUCGAGCAGAAGCAGAAGGAGCUGGAUGCUGCCGCUGAGGGGGAGGUUCGCCAGCGGUUGAACGAUGAGCUGGUGGAAGCGAAGGACCAAGCUCGCCGCCGUUCCCUCGGCAACAUCAAGUUCAUCGGAGAGCUGUUCAAGCUGAAGAUGCUGACGGAGCCGAUCAUGCAUGACUGCAUCGUCAAGCUGCUGAAGAACCACGACGAGGAGAGUCUCGAGUGUCUCUGCAGGCUCCUGUCCACCAUCGGCAAGGACCUGGACUUCGAGAAGGCCAAGCCCCGAAUGGACCAGUACUUCCACCAAAUGGAGAAAAUAAUAAAGGAGAGGAAAACAUCGUCGAGGAUCCGCUUCAUGCUGCAGGACGUGUUGGACCUGAGAAAAAGCAACUGGGUUCCUCGGCGUGGUGACCUGGGCCCUAAAACCAUCGACCAGAUCCAUAAAGAGGCAGAACUGGAGGAACACCGGGAGCAGAUUAAAGUGCAGCAGCAGCUUCUGUCCAAGAAAGAGCCGAGUCGAGGAAGAGGAGGCAGAAUGAAUCAGCCUCAGGACGAGGGCUGGAACACGGUUCCGAUCAGCACCAAGAACCGGCCCAUUGACACGUCCCGCCUCAGCAAGAUCACCAAGUCUGGUGCUUUGGAUUUCAACAAUCAGCUUCUUGCCCCUGGAGGAAAGGGAUCAUGGGGUAGUUGGGGUAAAGGGAGCAGCGGUGGGUCUGGAGCCAAAACCAGCACUGAACAAGAUGCAGGACGGCCGGCUACGAGCACCCUGAACCGCUUCUCAGCUCUUCAGCAGUCAGGACCUUCAUCCACGUCCUCCUCAUCCUCACUGGACACUGAGCGCCGAGCUCCUCAAAGGAGCAGCUCGAGUCGAGACCGCAGCGAGCGAGACCGGGACCGCUUCGAGCGCUUGGACCGACGGGACAGUCGUGAGGACCGAGACCGAGGGCUGGACAGGACGCGUGUCCCCGUCACUAAACGCAGCUUCAGCAGGGAGAGCGAGGACCGGUCUCGAGCCGGAGACGUGCGCCGUGUCUCCAGCAUGACUGACGAGAGAGAGCGCGGGAGCCGAGACCGGACCGCCAGCCGGGAGACAGCGGUGAAGCGUGAAACAGCUCCGGUGCCGGUGCCGACGCCCGCUCCGAGUAAACCUGCCCUGAGCGAGGAGGAGCUGGAGAAGAAAUCCACCGCCAUCAUCGAGGAGUACCUGCACAUCAACGACCUGAAGGAGGCAGUGCAGUGUGUACAGGAGCUGAACAGCGCAUCCGUGCUCUUCGUUUUCGUGCGUAACGCCGUGGAGUCGACGCUCGAGCGCAGCACCAUCGCCCGAGAGCACUUGGGUCUUCUGCUGCACAAACUGAUCAGCGCUGCCAUUUUACCUGCUGAGCAGUACUACAGAGGGCUUCAGGAGAUUCUGGAGGUGGCCGAUGACAUGGCCAUCGACAUUCCGCACAUCUGGCUGUAUCUGGCGGAAAUCAUCGCCCCCAUGCUGCAGGAUGGAGGAAUCCCCAUGGGGCCGCUCUUCAGAGAGGUGGCGAAGCCGUUGCUGCCAAUAGGAAAAGCUGCAGUGCUGCUGGUUCACAUCCUCAAUCUGCUCUGUAAAGGACUGAGUCACAAAAAAGCCGGUGCCUUGUGGACCGACGCUGGACUCAACUGGAAGGACUUCCUGCCCGAGGAUGAGGACGUCAACAAGUUUGUGACUGAACAGAAAGUAGAGUUUACGCUGGGGGAGGAGUCUGAGAAGCCGAGUAAGAAGGAGCUGAGUGCGGAGGAGCUGGGGAAGAGCCUGGACCGGCUGAUCGAGGAUAAAGCCAACAACCAGAGGAUCCUCGACUGGGUGGAGGCGAACCUCGACGAGCAGCAGAUGACCUCCAGCUCGUUCGUCCGAGCAUUAAUGACCUCCGUGUGCCAGGCGGCGAUCGUCUGCGAGAACCCGUAUAAGGUGGACGUGGAGCAGAUUACCCAGAGGGCCAAGCUGCUGCAGAAGUACCUGGUGGACGAGCAGAAGGAGCUGCAGGCGCUUUACGCUCUCCAGGCUCUCAUGGUGCGACUGGAGCAACCGGCCAAUUUGCUGCGGAUGUUCUUCGACACGCUGUACGACGAGGACGUGAUCAAGGAGGAGGCGUUCUACAAAUGGGAGUCCAGCAAAGACCCGGCCGAGCAAGUGGGCAAAGGCGUGGCUCUCAAAUCCGUCACAGCGUUCUUCACCUGGCUCAGAGAGGCCGAGGACGAAUCGGAUAACAGCUAAAAGCAAGAGCGCCCCCUUCAGUCCGGGAGCUGUACUGCGCUGAGGGGAAGGACUACAAACUGAACUUGAACUUGAAGCUCAUGAAGACUCGAGACAGUCGAUGGACACAGACUACAAUCACUUCCCCCCCCAAUCCCUUAUUACUUUUUUUGGGUGGGGGGGUAAAUAAAGUUGUUUUUUUUUCCCUGUCUGAGGGGGGGGGACGCAAAUUAAUUUUAUGAUUGCUUGAUGGCUGCGUGCCACGGUUGUAGUGGAUGAAGGUUGUUUUUUUGUUUUUUUCUCCCCUUUUCUUUUUCUCAAGAAACCGUACACGAACCCAACCCCUCCCCUGUGCUGCUCUUAUUAACCUGUCAGUGUAGAUUAUAUACGCAGCGUUCGUAUACGAAAUGCCGACGUGUACGACUCACUGGAGGCGUGAGUGCGAUCACGCUGUUAACUAGCUCUUAAUUAGGGACGUGUUUUCCCUCUGUGUACGUAAGAAGGCUGGUGUUAUUUUUAACAUGUAAGGAGGAACAUGCUGGUAUGGCUCGAGUAUUUACUGAUGGAUCUUUUUUUUUUUUUUUUUUUUUUUUCUUUUAGUUUUUCUUUUUUGCUGUAAGAGCAGGCGUUGAUCAGGACUCAUGGGGAUGAACUUUGAUCUUUGAUCCUUUUUAGCUGCUGGAAAAAGGGUCACCAUGCUUCCUUGUAAGCCAUCCCUCUGUGUUCUCUCUCUCUCUCUCUCUCUCUCUCUCUCUCUCUCUCUCUCUCUCUCUCUCUCUCUCUCUCUCUCUCUCUCUCUGUGUGUGCGCCUACAUGACAUUUCUGCAUUUUUUACCUCUUGGGGGGGGGGUGAGGGUUAUCCCUCGUCUUCUCCCCCUGUUGAGCAAAGCCUGCGUCAUUUGAAAAAAACAAAUAAUAAUAAUAAAAAAAUGUAAAUCAUUCAAUAAAGAAGAAAACUUGAAGACUAGACAAUAAAAUAAUCUGAAACACCUGAGACAGGAAUGAUCCGAAAAGCCUUUUCUGCUCACAGCGAAGUGGGAAACACAUUUUCAGGAGAGUUCUGUACAUAUAUAUCUGAAAGGGUUUUUUUUUUUUUUUUUUCUUUUUUCUUUUUUUUUUUUUUUUUCCUUUUCAAAAAACUAAUAAUUAGCAAAAUGCCGUUUAAUACCAUGCAUUUUUUUUUUCCCAGAUAGAAAUGGCAGUUUUCUCUUGUAUUCUAUAUUUAAGAUUUGUUUUUUGUUUUGUUUUGUUUUUUUCCUUCUUCCAGGUGAGAGGUGCUUAAUAAUCCGUUGAUUACAGUUUUAUUGAAAAAAAAAAAAAUGUAAAUAUUUUUUUUUUUUUUGCUUUACUUUAUUAUUUAAGGAUUUAAUGCUUCUUUCACAUAAGAAACUGGAAAACGCUGAAGAAACAUGACAUUGAAAAUAAAAGACUAUAAACUUG